AUGAACGAUGAGCGCGACUAUACACAUCAGUCUUUUAAGUUGUUUUCGAUUGAGAACGUUGAAAAUCUUCAAUCUUUAAGGUUAAACAAUAUCUCGCAACUAACGUUUCCCUCCUUGAUUUUUAAUCUUCAUCAAUUACGUCAAUUAUCAAAACUUGUUAUUUUCGAUAGUCCCGACGAUGAUAAUCAAUUAAUAUUCGAACAACUAUUUUUAAAUCGAAUUCCUAAGUUAAAAUCACUUGCACUCGAUUUUAUUCUACACUAUGAGCCAGACGCAGCUUCCACUGACUACAACUAUUCAUCAUCAAAUAUUGAAGUUUUAGCAUUACAUUGUUAUGUAGACAAUGCCAACUUUUUCUUAAAACGAACACCGAUGUUAAAAAAUUAA